UAAAACAAGCCAGGUGUGUGAACGGUGUCAAAGAGGGAUCAUCGGGGAACGAGUCCUGCUUAAAAAGAAAGCCAUGGAGGGCUUGGAGAGCUCUCCCGGCAUGAUGGGGUCGCUGAAAACCUUCGAUUCCUCCGAGUUUGGGAACUGGGAGAAGAUUGGCUCAGGUGGAUUUGGACAAGUGUACAAAGUACGGCACGAACAGUGGAAAACAUGGCUGGCGAUCAAGUGUCCUCCAAGUCUUCACGUAGACGAGAGGGAGCAAGCUGAGCUGCUGGGGGAGGCCAGGAAGAUGGAGGCGGCGAAGUUCCGCUACGUGCUGCCGGUGUACGGGAUCUGCAGGGACCCCCACGGGCUGGUGAUGGAGUACAUGGAGACGGGCUCCCUGGAGACGCUGCUGGCCUCGGAGAUGCUGCCCUGGGAGCUGUGUUUCCGCAUCAUCCAUGAGACAGCCGUGGGCAUGAACUUCCUGCACUGCAUGAGCCCACCCAUGCUGCACCUGGACCUCAAACCCGCCAAUAUCCUGCUGGACGCGCACUACCACGUCAAGAUCUCAGACUUUGGCCUGGCCAGGUGGAACGGCCUCUCCCGGGAUGAUGACAUCAGCCGCGACGGGUUUUGUGGCACCGUGGCCUACCUCCCGCCAGAGAAGCUCAUCGAGAAGGACCGAGUGUCUGACACCAAGCACGACGUCUACAGCUUUGCUAUUGUCAUGUGGGGAAUACUGACGCAAAAGAAGCCAUAUGAGGGGGAGAACAACAUCUUGCACAUCAUGGUGAAGGUGGUGAGGGGGUCGCGGCCGGAUUUGGGGGCCGUGUCCCGCUGCCGCCCCCCAGCCUGCGACGGCUUCCUGUCACUGAUGCAGCGCUGCUGGAACGGCUCUCCCGACGCCAGGCCCAGCUUCCAGGAGAUUACCUCAGAGGCGGAGGAGCUUUGUGGCAAACCCCAGGAGGAUUCCAAAAGUGGAGGCUCCGAAGCAGAGACCAGGCGAGACAGUGGGCCGAAUGGGGCUGAUCAGGAUGAGGAGAGGCAGGUAGUGCAGCCAGAGAAAGACUACAGCCUGACGGAACUUCUGAGCCAAGUGGAUUCUGGGAUAUCCCACAGCUUUGAUUGCAUCAAAAAGGACGGUUCUCCGGGCAAGGACAAUGCAGACAAGAGGCUGUCAGGAGUGUCCUGUGCCGAUUCGCCCUUCUCCUCCCAGGGCUCCAUCACCCUUGCUUUGGAAAAGGAAAAUGCAACAAGCGACUCAAGCACACUAGACGUGCAGAGGAGGAAGCUGUGCAAAGCCAUCAGGACGGAGGACACGGCCAAGCUGAUGAAGAUCCUGCAGCCGCAGGACGUGGAUCUGAUCCUGGAGGACGGAAGCAGGUUGCUGCACUAUGCCGUUCAGCUGGCCAAUGAGGAGGCAGUAAAGUUUCUGCUGCUCAGCAACGCCAACCCCAACCUGCCCAACGCCAGGGGCUCCACAGCGCUGCACCUGGCAGCCGAGCUGGGCCUGAGGAGCAUCGCUGAGCUCCUGCUGGGCCGCAAGACCAACGCCAACGCCAAGGACGAGGACCUGUACACGGCGCUCCACUUCGCGGCGCAGAACGGCGACGAGGCCGUCGCCCGGCUGCUGCUGGACCGCGGCGCCUCCAUGAACGAGGCGGACUUUGAGGGCCGCACGCCCAUCCACGUGGCCUGCCAGCACGGCCAGGAGAGCGUGGUGCGGGUCCUGCUGAGCCGGGGGGCUGACGCCCACGCGCGGGGCAAGGGCGGCUGGGCGCCCGUCCACUACGCCGCCUGGCAGGGCCACCUACCCAUCGUCAAGCUGCUGGCGAAGCAGGCUGGGGCCGACGUGGACGUCCGGACCUGCGACGGGAGGACGCUGCUGCACCUGGCCUCCCAGAGGGGGCAGUACAGGGUGGCGCGCAUCCUCAUCGAGCUGGGGGCGGAUGUCCACCUUGCCGCUGACGACCUGCACACCCCGCUGCAUGCGGCAGCCGAGACGGGCCACACCAGCACCGCCAGGCUCCUCGUCAAACACAACGCAGAGAUCCAGGCCCAGACCGCAGAGGGGAGCUCCGCCCUCCACCUGGCGGCCCAGCACGGUCACCUGGUCACCGUCAGGAUGCUGAUCAAGGAAGGGGCAGACCCGCGUGCCGUCGACCGCACGCUCCGCACCGCCUGCCACCUGGCUGCGGAGGAGGGACACUGUGACGUCAUCAAGGAGCUCCUACAGAGCAACCCCGAGGCUGCGGACACGCCCGACGGGCGGGGCCUCACCCCGCUGCACCUGGCUGUGCGGGGAGGUUACACGGACAUCGUCAGCACACUGCUCUCCCAGGGGGCGGAGCUACCGCAGCCCUGCCCAAUCACAGAUUCCCAGACUGCACUGCAGCAGACCACAGAGGACAGUGGCAAACCUGUCGCGGUGACACAGCUCCAGAGAAGGAUCGUAGUCCUGAAGCACACUGACAAUGAGAUGCCAGCCUGCCUGGAUCGCUCUCUUUCUACUUCAGCCUCCUGUUAGGGAGCAAAUGGAUUUUAUUUAAAGGACAAGCUACUGUUUGACAUUUAUUGAACUGAAAAAAAAGCUUUUGUAUUGAAUAGACAUCACUGUCAACUUCCCCAGAUAAUGAAUCUUGUACAAGAAACAAUUUUAUGGGCAAUCAAGCAGUGCCUCAUCAGAAAUUGCUGAUAUUCGCCCCUUAUUAGAGAAACAAGUCGCAUGCAGACUGACAAUAGUGAUGUUUAUGCAAUUUCUAGUAAAUAUUAUAUAUUUUCAAAAAGAGUAACUUUUUAUGAAGGGAUCUUUUCUGAGUGGAGCUGUGUUUUAUUUUCAGCAGCUAAACACACAGACAUUCUGUUCCAGCCAUUCUGCAUAACUGGAAGCACAAGUGCUCCUGGAGACUGAUCUCUCAGGAACAGACCACAGGCAAACAAAAACACACAAGGCAUAGCAUCAGGAAGGCAUGGCAAGAUAGUUAAUCACUGUGGUGGUCUGUCAGACCCCCUGAUUCCCUGUGGUGGGGAAACAAUUUGUGUAGACUAGCCUUCAAAAAAAAGCCCAUCAAAUCCAAGUCCCCAUCUUCCAACCCAGGCAAUGCAAGCAUUUCUAACAAACGCUUUGAGCACAUUCCAGCAUUCUCUCUGUGUUUGCUCAGUGAGUGGACACAUGCAGAUCUAUGUAGGGCAAAUGAACCGUGCCAACUGACUUUUACUGUGUUACACCCACAGUGCUGACUGCUGUUGACCUGCAAUCAGCAGCACUUGGACUUGGAGUGCAGUUUCCUGAUGGCUGGCACUACCUGCUGGCACCUGCUAAUGCGCGGCUUACAUUUUACAAUAUUGUUGUAGCACUGUUGCAAAGCAUUGACACGAUACGCAGCCAUUGUGGAAAUGUGGAAAUUGCUUGGGUGGCUAAAACGAGCCUCUCUGAUUACAGCUCUCUGUGUUUGUGGGGAGCCACAGAGCCAUGCAGGAAUGCUGGGAUAGCCUCCACAGAGCACGGACAGUCCUCAGCCUUGCUUUGGCAGAAUGUCAUAUGAAAACGUCUAUUUUUGCAAUACAAUGUAUA